GGGUUGGACCGUCUCGCCGAUCUCUCCGGGAAUAAGAAGCACGCUGGAUGUGUUAGAUGCUGGAAGCACCGGAGGAAGCCGGCACGUCCCUGGGAGGAUUUGCAGGCUAAACUUGGCCGGGGGCUCGCUGUCGGCAGCCAGGCGCUCGCAGGCAAAGCGGAGGGAAAAGCAUCCUGUGCUCCCCCAGCCACACAGUGAGAAGCAGUGUGUGUCACCCCUGUGCAAGACCGAGCUGGGAAUAAAAGGAGAACAAUGCAUUUCCUGGCCUGGUUCAAUUUGCUGCUUCUCCUUCCUUAUUUUGGUACCACAAAAACCUGCUUCCCUGGCUGCCACUGCGAAGUGGAAACCUUUGGUCUCUUUGACAGCUUUAGCUUGACCAAGGUGGACUGCAGCGGAAUAGGCUCACACAUUGUUCCUGUCCCAAUCCCUCUGGAUACCUCCUACUUGGAUCUAUCAUCAAACAAACUGGAAACAAUAAAUGAAUCGAUGCUUACUGGCCCUGGAUACACCACCCUGGUGAGUCUCGACCUGAGCUACAACAAAAUAGCCAAGAUUUCCUCCACAACAUUCUCCAGGCUUCGGUACCUGGAGUCCUUGGAUCUGAGUCAUAACUCUCUGGAAGUCCUUCCGGAGGACUGUUUCUCCAGUUCUCCUCUAAGUGACAUAGAUUUGAGCAAUAACAAACUUUUGGAUAUAGCUACGGACAUUUUUGCUUCAAAAGGUCAAGGCAAAUCCCUGAAUGUGGAUCUAUCCAAUAAUAUGCUCAGCACAAUUACAAGGCACCAUGAAAAGAGCAUUCCAAACAUCCAGAACUUAAGUCUUUCUGGAAACAGGCUAACAUUUGUACCAAACCUCCAAGGCAUUCCUCUCCGAUAUUUAAAUCUCGAUGGAAACCCUCUGGUUAAGAUUGAGAAAGGAGACUUCAUGGGGCUGAAAGACUUGAUUCAUUUAUCCCUCAGUGGCCUGCAUGGUUUUAGAGAGCUAUCUCCUCAUAGCUUCAAGGAACUCCAAGCUCUCCAGGUUCUGGAUUUAUCCAACAAUCCCAACUUGAAGUCACUGACUGCUGAAGUUAUCUUUGGUCUGAACUCCCUACAAGAGCUCAACCUGUCUGGGACAGGUAUAACAUCCUUGCCAAAGACUCUGCUGAAAUACCUGCCUUCCAUCAAAAGCAUCACCUUAGGGAAGGACAUUCAGUGUCUUAAGACCAUCAAAGAAGGACAGUACCACCGACAAAUUGGGCUGACCAAAAAGGAAGUUCUCAGUUGCUAUGACAGCCAUGGAUCUGUAGCAGCAGCACCUUAUGUUUCGUGAUGAAAGCUGGGGAGAAGGAGGAGUAGGGCAGGGAGGGUGGGGGGCCAUGGGACUUGUACAGGUGUCGGACUGAGAUGGCUUGCAGUGUGCCUUUUGUAAAACUGUCAAUAAUUUAUAUAUUUGUAUUUGCCAAUAGUUGACUGUUUGUGGAUUUUAUAAACUCUCAAAUCUCAGCCUGCGUUAUCUGCAGGCUCCAGAUUUUACCCAGUGCAUUGAGGUCCUCACUCAUCCUGUUGGCUCAAGAGCAGUUUUCCACAAAAACUGGAAUGCGUGUAGCCCUUCAAAGUAUCAAAAAAAAAAAGAUGCAGGGACAAGUCGCUCUGCAGGUCCCAGGGCAGAACAGUCUGUCUGGAGCAAACACUUCAUGCCUCAGACAAGUUUGUAGGAGCAAAGCUACACCUCUGGAGAGCACACACCAAAAUGUACCAACUCUGUAGCUGCUUGCUUACAAACCCAUGCAUCAUCCUUCUUUUAAUUAUUACUCCCCAAAAUGUGCCUUCUGGAUGCUGCCUUCAUUAGCAGCACCCUGUUUUUUGUCAUGCACUUUCAGUCUUGAAGAAACAUUUCCAGACAAACCUGAAUACAGGGUGCACCCAGUGUGCUGGGUUUUACAUGUUAUUUGCAUAGCUGUGCAAUGAACACUGAGUAAGUCGAGACAUUUUCCCACCCAUUUCUCCUUGUUUUCCCACCUUGAUCCUUUUCAUGUCUAAUUAACUUAGGUCCGGCUUUGGCAGCCUCCCGUCUUCUCAACCUCGGUGAGCCAUUGGUCAGAGAUGGUGUGCAGCAGAGGGGUCUGCUAACAGCCACAUCUCACCCAGGAACUAGCCUUCAAUGAGAGAGGUUGCAAAGGGAAGAGGUCGUGUAGGCUAGCUCAAAAAAAAAAAAAA